AAAUGUGUCAUACAUUCCAAAUUAUCUUAGAAAGUAUUUCAUUGAUCCAUUUGAUAGUAUAGUUAUAGUAGUUAUGUUAUCGAUGUUAUUCAUUAUAUUAUGAAGGUUUCGUUUAUCCAUUGAACAUGAGUAAACAGAUAUGGGAUAGUAUAGACUCAUUUGAAUGUUAUACAUCAUGAUAAAGAUCUUCCAUUGUGCAUAAUCAUAAACAAUAAAGAUUAUCUAUCUUAAAUGAUACUUUAUAAUGAUGUUUAAUGUUAUGGAAGUGAUAAUAAUAUGGAUUUAGUAAAAACUGAAGCAACUUGUUUACCAGCUGGUCGAUAUGAAUUUAAAGAUUCUGGUUUAUAUAUUGGUGAAUGGUUAAAUGAGAAAGCUGUUGGUUUAGGUUUAAUUACAAAAGAUAAAUGUCAAGGUGAAUAUACUGGUUUAUGGGAUUCUGGUUCAGAGAAAAGUGGUGUAUUUUUAUGGCCAAAUGCACCAGGUGCUAUGUAUGAAGGUGAAUGGGCACAUAAUCGACGUAAUGGUUAUGGAAUAUUUACACGAGAAGAUUGGGUUAUUAUGGGACAAUUUAAAGAUGAUUUUAUUAAAUGUGGAAUAAAAUGUAAAGAAGAUUCAAUUGGAAGAUUUGAAGGUGAAUUUGAAAAUGGUUUUCCUAGUUUUGGUGUAGAAACUUAUGCAGAUGGAGGAAGUUAUGCUGGUGAAUAUAAAAAUGGUGUACGUGAAGGACUUGGUGUACGUACAUCUAUACCAUAUGGGGAAGUAAUAAAUUUUUUCCCUGAAGAAGCUGCUAUUGCUGCAGAAAUUGCUUUAGAUAUUAAAAAACGUACAGCAUUACAAAAUUUAUUAAAUUCAACACAUCAUACUCAUCAUAAUAUUACUAAUACUGAUAACAGUACACAUCAUAUUGUCAAUAAUAAUAAUAAUAACAAUACAGGAACACGUCGUGGAAGUCUUCUAAGUCAAAGAUCUGGUGAUGUAGCUGAAUUAGAAGAUCCAGAAUUAAGUGGACAAGAUGAUAAUGAAGAUGAACCAUAUUUUGGUCGUCGUCCAAAUCCAUCAAAUAUUCAUAAUAAAGAUUUUAAAGAAUUACGUAUGUCAUGUAAAUUUAAAUGUGGUUUUGUAUUAUCAUCAAAACGUAGUGAAUUAAUGUUAAAACGUCAACAAAAAUUAAAUCAUAUUAGUAGUGGAUCAUUAAUGAAAUUACGUAAAGAAUUAAAUCAUAAUAAAACAAAUUGUCGAUCAAAAUCAUUAACAAAUUUAUUUAAUCAUUCAUUAAGUAAAGAAUCUAUUGCAUGUGUUCGACGUCAAGGCAGUGUAACAGAACAUUCAACACGAGUAAAGAUUAAAAUGGAACAAACACCUGAAUCAGUAUUUACAUUAGAUCAAGUAGAUGCUAUCGAUCCUGAAACAGUUGAAACAUUUGCUGGUCAAUGGGAAGCUGAUUCACGUCAUGGUUAUGGAGUAUGUGAACGAUCUGAUGGUGUUAUUUAUGAAGGUCAAUGGGUAAAAAAUCGACGACAUGGUUAUGGUCAAACACAUUUUCCUGAUGGAGUAUGCGAACAAGGAAAAUAUCAAAAUGGUAAAUUAGUAUUUCUUUCUUGGCCAAAAGGAGCGAAAUCAUAUUUAUUAUUAUAUAAUUAUCAUAUUAUGCGUGAAGUGGCUAAUGCUGUAAAACGUGCUAGAAAUAUAGCUGAUGAUGCUUUCGCUAAAGCAAAUGAAGCUAGAGAGAAUUUGGCUAAAGUUGAGAAUGCAGUGCAACUUUCGAAAAAAGCUGCUGAACUAGCUCGUGAUUAUUCAUUAGAAACACGUGAAUUGGUCAAAGAAAUGUAUCCCGAUUUUGAACAACCUGGUAUAAAAUAUUUAGAAGAUAUGGUACGUCUUAUGAAUAUAACAAAACGUGGUAAUCAAGCAUUUGAUACAGCACUUCAAUCAGCUAAAGAUGUAAUAGCUACUGUUGAAGCAAAUUUAAUUGAACAUAAUCAAUCACAAAAACAAAAUUUAGAAGAUAAUCAUGAACAAAAUGAUCUGAACUAUCCAUCAUUAGAUUUGGAUUCAAUGAAACCAGUUAAUAAUAGUGGUAUUCCAUUAUCUAGAGCUGGUUCAUAUCGUUUAAAACGUCAUAAGAAACAUCAUUCAGCUAAACAUAAACAUGGAAAUGAUAAGAUCCAUUCAAUUGAAAUGAAGAAUAUUGAAUAUACAACUGGAAAUGAUGUUGGCAAAUCAUUAACACUUCAAAUACCACAAGUGAAUGUUGAUUGUUCAUUUUCUCAACAAAUAAAUAAUGAUAAAUCAAUAUUGAAUAAUCCUAUGAUGACAACAAAAACAACAUCAGAGAAUAGUUUACAUGUACCAAAUCUUAAUUAUUAUAGUAAUAGAAUAGAUAAUGAUAUAUCAUCUGAAUGUGAUUCAAUCGAAGGAGAAAGUCGUACAACACGUAGUUCAUCAGAAGCAUCAAAUUAUGUCAUUUUACCAACAUUUAACAUUCUCAAACCUCAAACAGAACCAUUAACAAUACCAUUAAAUAAAUUAAUGUCAAAUACAACAGUAAUGGAUGAUUAUUUUGGACAUUAUAAAAUCACACCAAAACAAUCACCAUCAUUAUAUAAUGAAAAACAUUAUUCUAUGGAAAGAUUAAAUGAAUCACAAUAUAUACAUGAAAACAAAUCAAAUAUCUUCAAUCAAUUUAUGGAUUCUAAAAUGAAUCAAUAUCAUGAUCAUGAUCAUGAUGGUGAUCAUUCGAAAGCAUCAAGUUAUCAUGAGAAUUGUGAAUCAUCUAAAAGAAUUGUACGACGUAGAACAUUACCAGGAUUUUUAACACAACCACCAUUAGAUUUAAGUAAAUAUUCAAAUUUAACAAUAUUACAAGAAAAUGGAAUGACGCCUAGUAACAAUACAUCAUUUACUAUGUGUAAUCAAUCAUCAAAUUGGAAUACUCAAAAUAAUUUAUCAAAUCAUAAACUCAUUAUUGAACAUGAACAAUCUUCUUCUUCUUCUUCUAAUAAUAAUAAUAAUGAUUCUUCAGUGAUUUAUUUUACCGAUAAUGGUAUACGUAAAAGAGCUCAUGCUUAUUCUUCUAUUGAUAAAGAAUCAUUAUCACAACAAAAUUUAAUGAAUAACUCAGGUAAAUUAAACUUAAUGAAACAAACAUCUAAAUUACGUAAUUCAAUGAAUAAAGAUAUACAAUCUUCAUAUUUAACUAAUAUUAAUCAUACUAGUAUAAUGUCUACAAUGACAAAUACAUCACAACAAUAUUCUCAUUUAAGAAUGAAUCAAUCACCAUUAGUUAUAGCUAAUGUAAUGAUUGAAGAACCACAAGAUCAAUUAACUCCAUUACCAAUAUAUUAUAAAGAAUCAAGAAUUGAUUUAUCUCAAAAUAUUAAACGUGGAAGUGUUCCAGAUGUGACAAAACAAAGUUCUACAUUAUCACCAAAUGAUUUAUUAAAAUUAGAAGAAGAACAUAAAAGAAAAUAUGAGAAUAUAUUAGAUAGAAAACGUCAAGGUGAAAUAGUGAUACAACUUGUGGAUUUUUUUGAUUGGUGCCGUGUCAAUUUGUCCAUAUUAACAUUUAUAUUAGUCAAUUGUAUUUUAGCUUGUUUCUUUUACAUCAUUAUUUAUAGUUGAUAAAAAAUUAAUCAUAAUCCAACAUAAUUCCGGUGUAUAAAAUUUUUAAAUUGUGAAUCUAUUUCCAUGAGACAAUAUGAACUUUAAAAGAAACUAAAAUGGAUCUGAUCAGAUUGUGAUCAACAAAUUGUAGACACUUUCAAAUCAAUCAUAUUUGCUUUCUAUUGAAUUUUGCUCAAUUCAAUUGUAGUUCAAAUUGUGAUUAUUUACCUUAAUAUAUCAUACCAUAUAAUGAAGAUUGUACAAAACAAGUAAUUAAAUUAUAUAUAUAUCAAGACAGAGAGAGAGAAAGAUUGAAGAGGUUGUUCUUGUGCCAUAACUGUGAUGGCAGAUUUGAAGGUAGCGAAUUAUCGAUCGGGC